AUGUCAGAAAACAUUGAAAAACAUCCAGUGAGCAGUGCCAACAGCUACUUUACCCCCCGCAAAGCUCCCGACCGUGGCACUAUUGGCAAUGGCAUCUCGGCCUCACUCUCCAAACUCGAGCACAGCCCUGCUGCCUCCAUUCUUGCUUAUUGCCUGAGCUCGAUUAGUAUGACUGUGGUCAACAAAUACGUGGUUUCAGGGGUUGGCUGGAACUUGAAUUUUCUCUACCUGGCUGUACAGUCGGUGGUCUGCACUAUCACCGUCAUGGCUUGCAAGAAAACCAGCUUGCUGGGGAACCUGACCCCUUUUGAUUGGGGCAAGGCAAAAACAUGCAAAUGGUUCCCGAUUUCCCUUCUUCUGGUUGGCAUGAUCUACACCUGCGUUAAAACCUUGCAAUUCAUAUCAGUCCCAGUGUAUACCAUCCUCAAGAACCUGGCCAUCAUCGUCAUAGCAUAUGGAGAGGUUUUCUUGUUUGGAAGCACUGUAAGUCCGCUAGCGUUGUUGGCUUUUGCACUGAUGAUCCUCAGCUCAGUUGUCGCUGGCUGGGCUGAUAUCCAGAGUGCCAUCUCCGCGUCAGACCCUACCGCUCUUUCAACUCUAAACAGUGGCUACAUCUGGAUGGGAUUGAAUGUAAUCUGCUCCGCUACCUACUCAUUGGGGAUGAACAAGGGAAUCAAGAUUACAGAGUUCAGUAACUGGGAUGUAAUUUUCUACAACAACUUACUUUCCAUUCCUAUCCUGCUAGCUUCCUCAUUGCUACUUGAGGGUUACUCCGCCCCGAAUCUGGCAAUAAACUUUCCAGUCGGGUCCCGCAAUCACCUACUCAUCGGCAUGGUCUAUUCUGGUAUGGCAGCGCUCUUCAUCUGCUAUUCUACAGCUUGGUGCAUUCGAAAUACCUCCUCGACAACAUAUGCCAUGACAGGCGCGUUGAAUAAGCUUCCUCUGGCUAUCAGUGGAUUUGUGUUAUUUUCAACUCCGGUCACCUGUGGUAAUGUGUCUGCUAUCGGUAUUAUGUUUCUUAGUGGCAUAGUCUAUGCUUUGGCAAAGAUCAGACACGACCGAUCAGCGAAGGAAUCAUCGCUGCCUAUAGCUAACCAACCGGUCAUGUCCGCUAAUUCGCGGAGCGAGAAGAGAAUGUAGACACAAAAUCCAAGAUGCACGAUCUGCACACAGACAUAGCAGGGCUUGAAUCAUGAUUCGCAGUCUAACAAAAG